GCAAUUUCAUUUUACGCCCCUUCUCUCUCUCUCUCUCAUCACGGGCAGUGAGGGUUUCUCAUCUCACACCCAAUCGCUAGCAGGGUUUUUCUCAGAGGACGAUCGAACCCGUAUCAACCAUGGCGACGCUGGAUCCCGAGAUCGCGAGGGUCCAAGAAGAGAGGAAGAAGAUGGAGCAGCAGUUGGCCUCCCUCAACUCCGUCACCUACGACACCGACCUCUACGGCGGCACGGACCGCGACGCCUACGUCAGCUCCAUCCCCGUCAACGAGGAGGAGGAGAACCUCGAGGGGAUGGACUCCGAGGUCGCUCGGAAGCUCGCGUCCUACACCGCCCCGAAGUCGCUCCUGAAGGAGAUGCCCCGCGGUGGCGAGGAGGACGACGACGCUGGGUUGGGAUUCAAGAAGCCGCAGAGGAUCAUCGACCGCGAGGACGAUUAUCGCAGGAGGAGGCUGAACCGGGUCAUUUCGCCUGAUCGGCACGAUGCGUUCGCCGCGGGGGAUAAGACUCCGGAUGUGUCCGUGAGGACUUAUGCGGACGUGAUGCGAGAAGAGGCGCUGAAGAGGGAAAAGGAGGAGACGCUAAGGGCUAUUGCCAAGAAGAAGAAGGAAGAAGAGGAAGCUGCAAAGGCCGGGGGCGCGCCAAAGGAGACAGAAGCUGCUCCGGCACAGAAGCGAAGGAACAGGUGGGACCAAUCACAGGACGAUGGUGGUGCUGCUGCUGCAAAGAAGGCAAAAUCUGGUUCUGACUGGGAUUUGCCCGAUUCAACACCUGGAAUUGGGCGUUGGGAUGCGACUCCUACACCUGGAAGAGUGGGCGAUGCCACGCCUUCAGUGGGUCGGAGAAACCGUUGGGACGAGACCCCUACGCCGGGACGGCUGGCAGAUUCAGAUGCAACUCCCGGUGCUGUGACUCCCGGAGCGACUCCAGCUGGUAUGACUUGGGAUGCCACCCCCAAGCUGGCUGGUAUGGCCACACCAACCCCGAAAAGGCAGAGAUCAAGAUGGGACGAGACUCCGGCCACCAUGGGGAGUGCUACACCAGUGGCGGGUGCUACACCUGCAGCUGCUUUCACACCAGGGGUAACUCCUGUUGGAGGUGUGGAUCUUGCUACGCCUACUCCUGGGGCAAUUAACUUGCGGGGCCCAAUUACACCUGAGCAGUAUAAUUUGAUGAGGUGGGAGAAGGAUAUUGAGGAGAGGAACAGGCCGUUGACGGAUGAGGAGCUUGAUGCUAUGUUCCCUCAGGAAGGGUAUAAGGUUUUGGAGCCACCAGCAUCUUAUGUGCCUAUUAGAACGCCAGCGAGGAAGCUCUUGGCAACCCCUACGCCAUUGGGCACUCCGCUCUAUCAAAUUCCAGAAGAGAAUCGUGGGCAGCAGUUCGAUGUUCCUAAGGAGGCGCCCGGUGGUCUACCCUUCAUGAAGCCAGAGGAUUAUCAGCAUUUUGGGGCACUGUUGAAUGAGGAGAACGAAGAGGAGCUGUCUCCUGAAGAGCAGAAAGAGCGUAAGAUCUUGAAACUUCUGCUGAAGGUAAAGAAUGGUACUCCACCACAGAGGAAGACUGCACUUAGACAGCUUACAGACAAGGCCCGAGAGUUUGGUGCUGGGCCUUUGUUUAACCGUAUUCUGCCUUUGCUCAUGCAAGCCACUUUGGAGGAUCAGGAAAGGCAUCUCUUGGUUAAGGUGAUUGAUAGGGUACUUUACAAAUUGGAUGAAUUGGUACGUCCUUACGUGCAUAAGAUUCUUGUUGUUAUUGAACCUCUGUUGAUUGAUGAAGAUUACUAUGCACGUGUCGAGGGGAGAGAGAUCAUUUCUAAUUUGAGCAAGGCAGCUGGCUUGGCUACAAUGAUUGCUGCUAUGCGUCCAGAUAUUGAUAAUAUUGAUGAGUAUGUGAGAAAUACAACUGCUAGAGCUUUCAGUGUUGUUGCUUCUGCUCUUGGAAUUCCUGCUCUGUUGCCAUUCUUGAAAGCUGUGUGUCAGAGCAAGAAAUCCUGGCAAGCUCGGCACACUGGAAUCAAGAUCGUUCAGCAGAUUGCUAUUUUGAUAGGUUGCGCUGUUCUACCACAUUUGAAGUCUCUUGUCGAAAUUAUAGAACAUGGCCUGAAUGAUGAGAACCAGAAGGUGAGAACUAUUACUGCGCUGUCUCUGGCUGCUCUUGCUGAGGCUGCUGCGCCUUAUGGUAUUGAAAGCUUCGAUUCAGUGUUGAAGCCACUUUGGAAGGGUAUUAGGUCACACAGGGGAAAGGUCUUGGCUGCAUUCUUGAAAGCUAUUGGGUUUAUUAUUCCUCUAAUGGAUGCUCUGUAUGCUAGUUACUAUACUAAAGAAGUCAUGGUCAUUCUUAUCCGUGAGUUCCAGUCUCCGGAUGAAGAAAUGAAGAAGAUAGUGCUUAAAGUGGUUAAACAGUGUGUGAGUACCGAGGGUGUUGAGGCUGAAUACAUACGAAGUGACAUUCUUCCAGAGUUCUUCAGGAAUUUCUGGGUUAGAAGGAUGGCUUUGGAUAGGAGAAACUAUAAGCAGCUUGUGGAAACUACUGUGGAGAUAGCUAAUAAAGUCGGCGUUGCUGACAUAGUCGGGAGAAUUGUUGAGGAUCUGAAGGAUGAGAGUGAGCCGUAUCGGCGAAUGGUCAUGGAAACGAUAGAGAAGGUGGUUGCAAACCUGGGUGCCUCUGAUAUUGAUUCUCGGCUGGAAGAGCUCCUCAUUGAUGGUAUCCUUUACGCCUUCCAAGAGCAGACUAGUGAUGAUGCCAAUGUAAUGCUUAAUGGCUUUGGUGCUGUGGUGAAUGCUCUUGGGCAAAGAGUGAAGCCAUAUCUUCCACAGAUUUGUGGUACGAUAAAGUGGCGAUUAAACAACAAGAGCGCAAAGGUGAGACAACAAGCUGCAGAUCUUAUUUCCAGGAUUGCUGUUGUCAUGAAGCAGUGUCAGGAGGAACAACUGAUGGGUCAUCUUGGUGUUGUUCUGUACGAAUACUUGGGAGAAGAAUACCCUGAAGUUUUGGGCUCCAUAUUGGGUGCUUUGAAAGCUAUUGUCAAUGUGAUUGGUAUGACGAAAAUGACACCUCCCAUAAAAGAUCUGCUUCCCAGGCUGACGCCCAUUCUGAAGAACAGACAUGAGAAGGUCCAGGAGAACUGUAUUGACCUUGUUGGUCGUAUUGCUGAUCGUGGGGCAGAAUUUGUUCCAGCAAGGGAGUGGAUGAGGAUAUGCUUUGAGCUUCUUGAUAUGCUUAAAGCCCACAAGAAGGGUAUUCGGCGAGCUACGGUGAACACUUUUGGUUAUAUUGCUAAAGCCAUUGGACCUCAAGAUGUCCUUGCAACCCUUUUGAACAAUCUCAAAGUUCAGGAGCGUCAGAACCGUGUAUGCACAACCGUUGCAAUUGCUAUAGUUGCAGAGACAUGUUCUCCUUUCACAGUUCUGCCGGCUUUGAUGAAUGAGUAUCGCGUGCCUGAGCUCAACGUGCAGAACGGUGUUCUCAAAUCCCUUUCCUUUCUGUUUGAGUACAUUGGUGAAAUGGGGAAGGACUACAUAUAUGCAGUGACUCCACUACUUGAAGAUGCACUCAUGGAUAGAGAUUUGGUGCACAGGCAGACUGCCGCUUCUGCCGUAAAGCAUAUGGCUUUGGGAGUUGCUGGGUUGGGUUGUGAGGAUGCACUUGUCCACUUGCUCAACUAUGUCUGGCCAAACAUAUUCGAGACUUCCCCUCAUGUCAUAAAUGCCGUUAUGGAAGCCAUUGAAGGCAUGAGGGUGGCCCUGGGUCCUGCUGUUGUGCUAAACUACUGCCUCCAGGGGCUGUUCCAUCCUGCAAGGAAGGUCAGGGAAGUAUACUGGAAGAUCUACAACUCGCUAUAUAUUGGAUCUCAGGAUGCUCUUGUUGCGGCUUAUCCUGUGCUGGACGAUGAGCAGAGCAACGUAUAUAGCCGGCCAGAGUUAACGAUGUUCAUCUGAGUUAACGCCAGAAACUAUGAGAUUUUGAUGAUGAUGAACGGCUGGACCAUCGGCUUUGGUUGGUGUCUCUUGGACUAGUAUAGAGUAUGCAUUAGAUAGAACUGGAUCAUUUCCUGUAAUUCUCGGUCAAUGUGUCCCGUAAUGGGGAGCUGAUUCGAUAAUCGUUAUGAAACGGGCGUGGCCUUGUGUCGUGCACUAUUUGUUGCUAUCUUGUGAAACCUGAUGUUAGUGGCUACUGGCUACUGCUUAUGAUGCCCUCUCAUUGCUACUUUUUUGAGUUUCUUAUGGAACAUAGUAGUAGGAAGUCACUAAAGUUUGGAUUAUGUCUA